AUCUGCGCUUCCUAAGUCUAUUUUUAAACUAUAUUAGUAGUUGGGACAGAUUAGUUGUCCAUUUUCUUACAUUCAUAUCACCAACUAUGGCUGGCCGUGACGUUCUCCUCCUCUCCCUCCUCGUCAUCAUCACCCUUUCUGUCGUUGCAUUCGCCGACCAUGAACCACACUGCGUCUACACAUUCUACAUCGAAACCGGACCGGUGGACAGUGCCGGCACAGAUUCUAUCAUAAGCGUUAAAAUCUCCGACAAUUCGGGACAGGACAUUGAUAUCCCAGACAUAGUGACAUGGGGUGGGUUAAUGGGACCAAGUUACGACUACUUCGAGAGAGGCAAUUUGGACAUUUUCAGUGGUAAGGCGCAGUGUCUUCCUAGCCCAGUCUGUUCACUGAGUCUGACCUCAGACGGCUCCGGCGUUUACCCGGCCUGGUUUGUUAACUACGUGGACGUCACGACGGUCAGUGUUCAUCUUAAGAGUGAACAUCAAUACUUCGAUGUGGAGCAAUGGCUUGCGACUGAUACGCCGCCGUAUAAUCUCACUGCCGUGCGGAACAACUGCCAGGUUUCUCCUAUCGGUAGGGUCGGGUCUGAGAUCCGGAAGAGUCUCUCCUAGGAUCGUGUUGUAAAUCAAUGUGUGGGAGAUUUGUGUUAACGUAUGGUUGCAAUGCCGAUAAUGUAAACGAUCCGAUCGAAUAAAAGUGUCAUGUUUACAAAAAAAAAAAGAAGAAUAAAAGUGUCAUCUCUGAACAUUUGAUAGAGUAAUGUAAAAUGAUCUGAUCGAAUAAAAUCAUACAUAUAUGAACAUGUGAUUGCAAUAAGAAGAGUCAAUGUCUGCAUCUAAUGAUUUAAUCUGUUCAUCUUUUGUU